CAGUUCUGUCAAAAAACAGCGACUCAGCAGCGCGGCCCCGUUUACUUGCGAGUGUUAGCAUUGUUGGUUUAUCGUUUAUUGCACACGAAUUUGUAGUUCAUAAAUCAUUUAAAAACCUAAUUUACUUUGCUAAUUUGGAAUAGAGAUAUCGCAGACAUUCGAGAUGGCUGAUAGCGCUGGCGAAUGGUGUCUGAUCGAGAGCGAUCCAGGGGUUUUUACUGAACUGAUCCGUGACUUCGGUGUCGAGGGAGUGCAGGUAGAAGAACUGUGGAGUCUUGAUGCCGAGCACUUCAAAAACCUUGAACCGGUGCAUGGAUUGAUCUUCCUGUUCAAAUGGGUCAAGGACGACGAGCCGGCGGGAUCCAUUGUGCAAGACAGUCGACUGGAGAAGAUUUUCUUUGCAAAACAAGUGAUUAAUAAUGCCUGCGCCACUCAAGCUAUUCUGAGCAUUUUGUUGAAUGCAAAACAUUCGGACAUUCAGUUGGGCUCGACUUUGUCCGAUUUCAAGGACUUUUGCGUCUCGUUCGACGCUUACAACAAAGGACUGGCCAUGAGUAAUGCGUCUCAGAUUCGAACGGUGCAUAAUUCGUUCGCCAGGCAAACCCUUUUCGAGCUGGAUAACAAACAAGCGAACAAAGAUGAGGAUGUAUUCCAUUUCGUCGGUUACGUUCCGAUCGAUGGUCGCUUGUACGAAUUGGACGGAUUGAAGGAGGGUCCCAUUGAUUUGGGCGCUGUGGGCGAGGGGGAAGACUGGUUGAAUGUGGUUCGGCCCAUAAUCGAGAAGCGUAUUCAGAAGUACAGUGAGGGUGAAAUCCAUUUCAAUCUGAUGGCGCUGGUUUCGGACCGGCAGAUGAUUUACCAGCGGCAGAUUGACCAACUGCUUCAGGCCAGCGGAGAAGAAGAAAUGGAAACGGACACGAAGCAGAAUGAAAUCACCAGACUGCGGAUGUUGAUCGAAGAUGAGGUGGCCAAGCGCAAACGGUACAAGGUGGAGAACAUCCGGCGGAAACACAACUAUUUGCCGUUGAUUGUGGAACUGCUGAAAAUUUUGGCCCAGAAUGGCCAACUGAUGCCGUUGUAUGAAAAGGCUAAACAGCGGGCAGCCGAACGGGAGACUCAAGGCAAAGUGACAGCACAGAAAUAGAGUCGGCUGUGAAAAUAAAGCUGAGUUAAGGAUCGCUUCAUUUAGGUAAGUGGCGCAUUCUGUUUGAGGCAUUUGGAUUUGAAUAAAGAACUCAAUCGUACAUCUAA